CGAAACCGCAUUACAUACACUUCAUCCUUCCACCAAUGAGGAGAUGGGAAAAACAAUCUUAGCUGUGCAGUAGAGAGGAGAAUCUGCCGGGGCACGCAUGAAAUACCACGUUUGGGUUAUACGGUGUAAUUUAAGUAACUUAUUUCUAGAUGUUGUUUGCGUGAAUGAGUUGUUAAAGUUGCGGCUGCGACUUGCGGGGCGCUAACUUGUGGGAUUAGUUUGCAUGCAGCCCCACAGCGGAGGCUGACUGCGGUGGGAUGGGCUGUGAGGUGUUCAAGAUGGCGGCGCCCUGUGGAGUGCAGCUACUCUAACAGAGGUGCCUGGAGACUGUAUUGGUGGGUGGCCCCAGGAGUCCUCCAGGCAGGCUGGGACGGACACCGUUAGAGAGAGAGAGACGCUGCCUCCACCCCCAGCACUGCCGCCACCAUGGCCAGGGAGCAGCCCAACAUGGGGGACCUCCUUCCACUCCUGGAGACCUCCGACCUCCACCAGCUAGAAGAGAUCAGAGGCCUCAUCAACGAGCAGCUCAGCACCGAGCGAGGGUCCAUGCUGCUGAACACGCUGGUGGACUACUUUUUGGAAACGAACUCUGCCCAGGCCAUACAUAUCCUCUCCUCAGUCAGAGAGCCACACGACAAGCACCUUCUGGACAAGAUGAACGAGUGUAUGACCAAACAGGCCUGCCGACUGCCCACCCUCACCCUGCUCGGCCAUGUAAUCCGCAAGCAGCCGUCCUGGAUCCAUAAGAUUGCCCGAUACCCUCUGCUGCUCUCGCUGCUCAAAUGCCUAAAGACGGAUACGGACGUAGUGGUGCUGAUAACUGGAGUGCUGGUGCUGAUCACUCUGCUGCCCAUGAUCCCUCAAGCCGGAAAGCAACACCUAUGGGAGUAUUUUGACAUCUUCGGCCGCCUGGCAUCUUGGAACCUGAAGAAUCCCGGGCAUGUUUCGGAGGUUUACUUAAUCCACCUGCACGCCAGCGUCUACUCACUCUUCCACCGUCUCUACGGCAUGUACCCGUGCAACUUUGUGUCCUAUCUGCGCUCCCAUUACAGCAUGAAGGAGAACAUGGAAACGUUCGAGGAAGUAGUGAAACCGAUGCUUGAACACGUUCGUAUUCACCCAGAACUGGUGACAGGAACCAAGGACCAUGAGCUUGACCCCACCAGGUGGAAAAAGUAUGAAAUCCAUGAUAUCGUCAUCGAAUGUGCCAAAGUGUCCCUAGACCCCAAGGAGGCCUCCUGUGAGGAGGGCUAUGCCACCAUGCCUGAGAACUUUUACCCACAGAUCCACCUGCGAACACAAGACUCCACAUCAAGCCCAUACACAGACCUCCACAGCAGUUACGGAAGCUCUUCUUCGACCCCAUUCUCGACUCCACGGCAGCCGCUACCCCCUCCCCUGUCCUUGCCCCCCCUCUCAGGGACACAGUCCUCCUACCGCAGCCCACAGUCCUCCAGACGGCAGAACUCCACCUGUGAACUCAACUCUUCCUGUGGGGGGAAGGACCCUCUGUGGAGCCCCUCCUCGUUGUGUGGCAUGGCCACGCCCCCCUCCUCCAGGGGCAUGUCGCCUAACUUGGAGCUCUCCCACAGUGCCUCACACCUUCCCAGCCGCUUCCACUGCACAUCAGGAGGGAAAGGAACGCCUGCCUCCAGCACUCCAGCCACCUCUUCCCCACCUCCCACCCUAUCAGAUGACUUCCCCAUAAUCUCCUUACCAGCCAACACAGUCCAGUCCAGUCCACCGAGAAAGGAUCGUCGACAAGGAGAAAGCAGCAAGGCAGCGCUGGUGAGACAGGAGCAAGUGAGAGACACAGACAAGAGCGCAGAAGUAGCCUCAAACAGAGAUGCAGGAGCUGCUGAGAAUGUCUCGAUGACUCUGACAGAGCUGUCAGUCUUCAUGAAGAAACAGGAGCUGGAGCUUCAGCUGAGAACAGAGAAAGAGAGAGAAGAAGCUGCCAUCACAGAGGAGCUGCUGAAGAUCACUGAGGAUAAGCAGGAGCUGUCUGGUCUGAGGGGCUUCGACUCCCCUUUCUAUCACACCACCGAGACCUUGACUGGCAGUCAGGCACAGGACAAGACCAUCUCCAACGCCCAGCCUGGAGGCCACGUCCGGGACACCCACCAUGUCGAAUCGACACCAGACAAAGCGGAGACCACGGCGAACACCAGCGGUGCUGGGAGUGAAAGAGGUGGUGGAGGAGGAGGAGCAGGAGGAGACAGCAGGAGUUCAGCCCUCGGCCUCGAGCAGUCCUGGUCCUUCCAGUCAUGCUUCACACCCAUCGAUCACCACCUGCACCGGAGCCCCUCUGCCCCGGAUGACGAGGUGGGCAAGUUCGGGAUGUUCUCCCCGAGCCCGUGCAGCAAGACCCCGGCCCCGGUGCCCUACGAGUCGUUCUUCGACCUGGCCCUGCCCAGGGCGGCCUCACUCUUCGUGGGCCAGAAGACGUCGGAGGCAGUGCACAAGGCGACGAUGGAGAGGCUGUCGCAGUGGGAGGAGGGGUUGGAGGACGGGGAGGAGGAGGGGGUAGUGUCGGCUUCACCACUGGAGGUGCUGGAUCGCCUUGUUCAGCAGGGGAGCGACGCCCAUGAUAAAGUGCUCAAGAGAUUACCUUUGCCAAGUAAGUCAGCUGACUGGACGCACUUUGGAGGCUCGGCUCCACUGGACGAGCUUCACACGCUGCGCAGCCAGCUGCUCCUGCUGCACAACCAGCUGCUGUACGAGCGCUACAAGAGGGAGCAGCACGCCGUCCGCAACCGCCGCCUCCUCCGACGCAUCAUCAACGCCACCGCACUGGAGGAGCAGAACAACGCUAUGAAGGACCAGCUGAAUCUGCAGAGUGUGGACAUCUUGUCUCUGAGGGAGAGCCUGCAGGUGGAGCAGCAGCGGUACAGGCAGCUGUGGGAUGACCGGGAGACGGUGGUGACCAGGCUGCACAGUCAGAUCCGACAGCUGCAGCAGGGCCGAGACGACUACUACACCAAGAACCAGGAGCUCCAGAGCAAGCUGCAGGAGUGUCAGAAAAGGAUGGAUGAACUGGAGGCGGAGCUUCAGAGGGCCAACAACAAAGUCUGCCACACUGGUCACCUACUCAACCAGAUGACUAUCAAGCUGAGCAACAGUGAGAGCACCCAGCAGCAGAUGAGCUUCCUGAACAAGCAGCUGCUGCUCCUCGGGGAGGCACAUAAGCUGUCCAUGCAGGAGUUGCACCACACAGGCGCCGAUAACACGAAGGAGGCCCAGAUGCUGCAGAUGUCUUAUGGGAAAGAGGUGGAGACGCUGCGGCAGAACCUGCUGGUUCAGGGUCAGAAGCUGGAGGCAGCGCAGCAGAGAGUCUCCGAGCUGGAGACGCACCUCUCCAAGAAGGAACACCUCAUCGUCGAGCAGAAGAAGUUCCUCGAGGAUGUAAAAUGUCAAGCGAAGGCGGAGCUGCAGGCCUCAGACAGCAGGUAUCAGGCUCAGAGGAGAAUCACUCAGCUGCUGCAGACCGAACUUCUUCAGCUUUACAGCAGAGUGGAGAUGGAGGCGCCCUCAAGCACCGCCACUGGUUCACCACAAGGGGGCAGAGCUGACCCACACAAACGUGCUGACUCCAGUGUCAUCAUGCCAGAUCGACCAAGUAAAACUCACACCGAGGAGGCUGAUGGCAGACCACCGCACGACUCCCCUCGGGGCAACGGCAGCACUUUAUCGCCAGGGCAACCGAAGGCGAGCAACUCUUCCAAGACAACAGCCAACUCCAUCAACGGCAGCCAGGAUCUGGCUCCGCCUCUUCUGGUGGAGCCCUCCCUGUCCUGUCCCCACACUAACCCUCUCACACCCUUGCCCCCCUCCGAUGCGCCGCUCACCGUGGGCUCCUACCCCAGCGCCAAGAGCUUCCUGGGCAUGAGGGCACGUGAGCUGUUCCGCAACAAGAGCGAGAGCCAGUGCGACGAGGAGCAGCCGCCACCGCGCCUCGCUGGCCUCGCCCACGGCCUGAAGACUGAGCUGUGCAUGGAGCUGCCCUGCCUUGGUUAUAUCGCCCCCCUUGUACCCGCGCCUUGCCCCUUACCGACUCCACCACCUGUCCCAGCCCCCACCCUCAGCCCCGCCGCUCCUCUCACUGUGCCCAAGAAGGAGCCCCACUCUGAGCCCAAGCAGAGGGCCUCCAGCCAGGAAAGCCCCCGCAGGAAGGCAGGGGUGGGGUCAAGUGGAGGGCGGGGUCAUGCGGGGUCAGGGCGCCCCCGGCAGCAGCAGCUAAAGAUCAUGGACUAUAACGAAACGCGUCAUGAGCACAGUUAGAAACAUGUGGCUGAGCCGGGGGCGCAGGGCCGAGCCGGAGAGACUGAAGAUUAAUAAAGUUAAAGAAGAGCUACAAUUAAGCGAAGAGUACAUGUCAGCAACUCUUGGAUUCAGUGUUAUAUGUCCCAUUGCGCUGAGUGGACAACAGGAUUUCCCCUAGUGUUUUUUUGUUUUUUGUUUUUUUUUUAAGUCUGAUUCAUUCUUGAUAAGGUUACAGGGAUACAAAUUCAGCGAGGUGUGCCAUGUUUGACUUGGGUUAUGAAAGAAAGAGGCUCAAAGACGCAAUCAAAGUUAUCAAUUAUUUAAUGCGACACUGUGAGCCUGACAUUUAAAGGGUCAGUCCGCCCAGGCAAGAAUAAAUGUACAUUUUCCCCUCUUAACACUGGUUGUAUCAGCCAUGCAGAUUAGCUGCUGUUCAUCCAGAUUUUGUAUCCGUCUGUGAGAUCACUGCCUCCACAGCCAACACAAAGGACACAAAUGGUUUUCUGUUUGUGGCUCUCGCAGCAUUGAAGAUCACAUAUUAAAAAACUGCAGCAACUGAUAUCCUGAAGCAGUGUCACUUACUUUGGGUAAGCCACAGACCUUUCUGAGAACCCCUCUCAUUACAAUUGCUUUCUACUGAAGAAAUGGUUCCUUUUGAAAAUCGGUCACGGCGAGGUCUGUGGAUCAUCCAGAGGGAUGCGAACACUGUUUCUGUAAGAUGUUUAGAUGUUGUUUUUAGGCAAGUUCCUUUCACCUCCAUUAUGUUGGCUGUGGCGGCAGGAAUCUGAGACAGACCUCUCAAAACUUAGACAAACUAUCAUGCUCUACGGAGCCAAGUUUUUUUUUUUUAAAUUAUUUUUGGUCAUGUGGGUGUACUGACCCUUUAAAUGCCUCCAAUUCUAAUCAAAUCAGACAUUAAACACCAGAAGAGAUGUUACAUUUGUCCCCAUCACCUGUUGGGUGCGCUUUGGCCGAAAAAAUGUUAGUGAGAUCAGAGUACAUGUUACAUCGGAGUGGAGGAGGUGAUCAGUGUGUUUGGAUGUUUGAUUUGUUUUGCGGGGGGAGUGUGACCUUUAUCGUUGCCGGAGUGAACUGGGGAAAAAACAUUUCCAUACGAAAACUCCUUUGAGUUUUUUUUGUCCAAAAUAAUUCAGCAGGAGAAUGUGUUGUGUUUACGAAUGUGUACGCUAGCGAUGCAAUCAUGUUGGUUCUCGUAUUUCAGCCAAGAUGCCGUGAGAAAGGUGUAUGAAAUCAAGAAACGGAUGAAGUUUUAUGCAUUUUUAUAAAUUCCACAUUCCAACGUACCUUUUUAAUUUUUUAUUUAUUCAGCCAUGAAGGGCGCUCACAAGUACAUAUCCUAAAUUAGACUCAGACCUGGCAAGUAACACAAGCCCAAGCGAUGGGAAAAAAAUAAAUAAUAAGCUUUCCGUUAAAGACGACCAGCUGAUCACUCUGAAGUGCCAUGCAAACGUUUGUGUUUUUGGCUGAAUUCAAACCUCUCUAAACAGAAGUGUUGUUCCUCACGUUGCGGGUCACUUCAGCUGCUACAACCUGGAAAAUUAAACCAAACACCUUGUUCAAUCAGGUUCCCUCUCUGCAGGUCUGACAAACACAAGAGUUGCCUCGUUUCCUUCUAGGCAUUAGAAGUAAACUCUGGUUGUGAGAGUCGUCUAAAUCCUGUUGUCCACUGGGAACUCCUGCUGUCAUUUCCUUUUGCCUCGCUAUCUAAAGCAUGUUCAACAAUCCACUUUAAAUGCCAACCGUAGUAACUACAGCAAACCAAGACAGAAGGUACAAUCAGCACAAACUGAAGAAACCAGGACUCUGACAGGAGCUGGAGAAUCUGGGACAAAAAGGAAGUUCUUAAAGCAGUGGCUUGUGUUUAACUGUGAACAAUAAAGAUCGUCUUCAAUGUUUUGCACUAC